ACGUUUGCAGAGGGCAUAAGCAGGCGGCAUGAACAAAAGACGACAAGCGUGGCACCAAGCCCAAAAAAGAAAGAGAAGGCAUGAAACGCGCCUCAUCGGACGUACGACUCAGGUCUAGCAGGGGCAUCGCCAAGCUUUUCCCGCGGCCCGCAUCCUUGUUGCCUCUGGAGAAAGCUUCUACCUAUUUUGACUUCCUUCUGGAAAGACAGAGGAGGGGGGGAACACGUGGACGCCGCAGAACUGGGCCAGGGUCCAAGCACACCAGGCUAUUUAGACUUCAUCCAACUCGUUUUUGUUUUUUCUGCUUUGUCUGCUUUUCCUUGUUCCUUUUUCGGACCCGGAAUACGUGUGCGAACAGCUUUCCAGUUAAAGAAGUCCGGGACGGACGGGAUGAGCCGUUGGUUUGGUUCACUUACUUGACCGGCAUGUCUGGACAUGACAAAGACGAAUCAAGACAUGAGACGAUGGACCAAGUCAGUGAGUGUGAGAGGGGCUGGUUCAUGGGAGGAGUUGCAAUUCACAGAAAACCUUACCUUCCUGCCUUUGCAUACGUGGCCGUGGGCGUCACCUCUUUAUCAAAUCCUCGAACCUGAGCCUUGGAGAUGUUUUGGAGGCUGGGAACAGAGUGAAACAAGUCCCGGGUUUCGGGCGCUUUACCCGCGGCCAACCGCCCGGUUGCAGAGCUGGGUGGGCUAAAAAAGAACGUGGAAUAGCUGAAGAAUUGUUUCGG